AUGAAGUUCGCCAAUGUGUCCUUGCUCGCCUCUCUCCUAAUUGUCGAAGUCUCCGCUCGCCUCAGAUUUGACUGCGUAAGAGUUCCCUACAUUAUCUGCGACAGUCCAAGCCUUCCAAAGGUCUGUGCAAGCAACGGCGUCACCUACGAGAAUGGAUGCUAUUUCGACAAGGCCAACAACAAGGGGAUGCGAAUUUUGCACGAAGGCAUGUGCUCGAGGAGCGAGGGAGGAAGG